CUGCGGCCGCUGGGGCGCUCUGGGUAGCGGUAGCGGCGGAGGACGGGACGGCGCCGAGAUGGGUCGGACGUUGGUGGAGCUCUUCUACGAUGUGGUGUCCCCUUACUCCUGGCUGGGGUUUGAGGUGCUCUGCCGGUACCAGCACAUCUGGAACAUCGAUCUGCGCUUACGUCCGGCUUUCCUUGGUGGCAUAAUGCAAGCAACUGGUAACAAGCCCCCAGCACUAUUGCCAAAGCGUGGAGAAUACAUGCUGAAGGAUAUGAAAAGGAUGGCAAAAUACUACCAAGUGCCUAUAAAUAUUGCAGCACUUGACUUGCAACAUAUCAUUGGUUCAAGCACUCUUGGGGCCAUGCGCUUUAUCACAGCCGUGGAUAUGACACAACCACAAUACGUGGAACCCUUAUCUAGGGAGUUCUGGAUACGUUUUUUCUCACAGUGUGGAGAUGUCAGUCAGCCGGAGAAUAUAUCAACUGUUGCCAAAAAGGCUGGGCUAUCAUCAGAGCUCACCCAGAAGCUACUUGAAAUGAUUUCAACCCCUGCAGUGAAGAACCGACUGCGAGAGACAACAGAGGAAGCAAUGAAAUACGGGGCAUUUGGGAUGCCUGCUGUUGUGGCACAUUAUAAUGGAGAACCUCAUCUCUUUUUUGGCUCUGAUCGUAUAGAGCUACUAGGCAGCGUUAUAGGUGAAAAAUGGCUGGGACCGGUUCCAUCAGUUCCAAGCCCCAAGAUGUGAAAAGUCCUGGAGAAAUAGAUGAGUGAAAAUAUAUAUGUACACGCUCAAUCCUCAGUGAUUAUCUGAAUGUAUCCAGUUUUAUGGAGAGGUGGCUUUCUCGUCCUCAACAGCUAACUUUACAGCUCAGUCUCAUUUCUAAUUAUGAAGAAAUUCAAGGUUUGCCAGUAUUACCAGUCUGGUGAGCUCUUUACCAAUACAAAUGUGCUGCUUUUCUUUCAACAGAUUAAUGAUUAACAUUAAAGAUGACCCACUAAAUAUUUACCUUCUUGCAAAACAUUCUUCUUUCCCGAUUAGUUUUCUUUCUCUUACCCUAAGAGCAUGAGGAUUAAAUUGUUGUUAUGGGACUCUGA